AUGUCUACUUGGGAAUCUACUGGGAUUAAAUAUCUCAAAUACGUCAGUAUCUGUGCUCGUGCCCUUCGUAAUGGCUUGAAAGAUGAUCUCCGUGCUAAUGCUCAACGUUUGAAUGAGAAUGGUCCCAAAUUUACAAAGUGGGAGGCAGGACGUCUAAAGGAGCAGAAAUAUAUCACAACUCCCAAACUCCAAUAA